AUGGUACAAUAUGGAACUAUUUCCUGCCUUUACAUAUUUACUUGUAGAUACAAGCCGUAUUUUUCGCAUGGCAGUCUACAUGGACAAUGGUCGCAUGAUAGUUUACCCGGGCAAUGGUCACAAGGUAGUCUACCCGGCAUAGCUUGUACGGUAGUCUACCCGGUUAAAUGUCGCAAGACAGUCUGCCAGGGCAAUGCUGGCACAGUAGUCUACCUGGGCAAUGGUCGCAAAGUAAUAUUAUCGGACAAUUCUUGCACGGUAAUCUAUCAGGGCAAUGCUGGCACAGUAUCCUACCCGAGCAAUGGUCGCAAGGUAGUUUUCACAGACAAUGCUUGCACGGUAAUCUAUCAGGGCAAUGCUGGCACAGUAUCCUACCCAGGUAAUGGUCGCGAGGUAGUUUUCACAGACAAUGCUUGCACGGUAAUCUAUCAGGGCAAUGCUGGCACAGUAUCCUACCCGGGUAAUGGUCGCGAGGUAGUUUUCACAGACAAUGCUUGCACGGUAAUCUAUCAGGGCAAUGCUGGCACAGUAUCCUACCCGGGCAAUGGUCGCAAGGUAGUUUUCACAGACAAUGCUUGCACGGUAAUCUAUCAGGGCAAUGCUGGCACAGUAUCCUACCCGGACAAUGGUCGCAAGCGAAGUUGCCGCUGUAUCUCGGAGCUUGGAAUAUUUGAGAGAAAAAAUACGUUGGGAUAUUUUACUACUGUUAUAUACUUACUUACAAGAUUAAAUCAAGGUUUAUGCGAUGAUGGUUAUUUCUGGCACGUGACAGACUUUCAUUAUGAUCCCACAUACGAAACAACUUCCCUAUCUUGUAAGGAAUCGAAGGUUGGGGACCAGAUUGGCACUUUUGGUGACAUGUGGUGUGAUUCUCCUUGGAUUCUUAUAGAAAGUUGCGUUCAAGCUAUGAAGAAAUUUAAACGGAACGUGGAUUUUGUCUUAUGGACUGGAGACACAAUUCUACAUGCAGACGUUGAAAAGUUAAACCAUACCUUCAACGCAGUGAUUCUCGACAACACAACAGACGUUCUGAAAGCUGCAUUUCCUGAUAUUCCAGUUUAUGCUACAUUUGGUAAUCAUGAUGCGUAUCCAACUGGGCAGUUCCCGCCAAACAACACAUUGCUGUACAACGAGUCGCUCGCUAGAUGGCGCUCCUGGAUCAAUGAUGAUACACAGGACGAGGACUUCAGAAAUGGUGGCUUCUACACAGUGAAAACCUCACAUGGCAUCAGGAUAGUGGCUCUCAACACCAACUUUUACUACACCCCAAACAAACUGGUGUCUCCUGAAGGUGACCCUGCUGGCCAGUUCGCUUGGCUGACUGAAACGCUUGGAAAUGCUAAUGAACAGAAUGAAAAGGUAUCAUAUGAUUUGAAUAUGUUAUCUUAGAACAAAGCCGGUCAGGUACAUUUCACGUGUGCCACUGGUACACAUUUUAUGCUUGAGAAAAAGAGGGUUGUUACAGUUUGAAUAAUACUUUGUAUUUUAAAUUGAUGUUUCCCAGAGAAGAUCAGGUCAUAACUUCGAAUUUUAAAGUUUUGUCACACAAAAUGACCUCGGGAAACCAAAUUAUAAUAAUCUUUAUCUUAGUUUGUUAAA